UUCAUUGUGAUGCAGUUCAUUGCUGGUUGUUUAUAUUUUGACAAUCCGCAACAAUGAUCCAGCUGGCGAUAGUACUUCUCAACACACUAGUAAUGGUAGGUAAGUUCGAUUCCGCAGUUGCCAAAGGACCGCAUCAUCCGAAGGGUGAUUUUUCCGCUAGAAGCAAGAAGCUGGAUGAGCAUCUCCAUGCUCAAGAUGAACACAUGCAGGAAGAUAUGAAGCAGUUUUCUUUCGGUGAGAAGGAGCUGGCCAACAUGUCCGACGAUGAGAAAAACUUUUACUUUUUCAAACUGCACGAUUCCGAUAAUAAUGACCAUUUGGAUGGGCUGGAAAUACUGCAUGCAGCGACACAUCACUCCGAUGGCCAUGUCCAUAAGCUGGAUAGAGACGGAGGGGAAGAUGAAUCGGAUGAUAACUCUGUUAUAGAUGUAAUUGACGACUUUAUCGCAUAUGCCGACUUGGAUCAAAACGGACUACUCACCUACCCAGAAUACAUGAAAGCCAUCAGCACCAACAACUGGAAUCGAAAAGUAGAUGCGGCUGAAUCUUCUUCUGAGAUGGUCUAGACUGAUUAACAAUAAAGCUCCAAGGAAUGUUA